AUGCGCUUACUGUUAUUCAUAUUACUUCUUAUUUCAUCCAAUUAUAUUGUCGAUGCACGUCCAUCGGUCUCCCACACUACACUCGCCUCUCAAUUCAAAUUCGCCGAAAAAGCCGAUAUUUUUGUGACGCACAGGAAUAUCAAUGAAGAUCGUACUCAAGAGGAAAAAACGAUCAAGCUCGUUGGUACUUUCUCUGCUGUCGGAAGUAAUUAUGAAACAGGUGGAGACAUUGUCCAGGUAUCUUCAUUCCGUGCCUGUGAUGCUCGUCGAAAAGGUCUCGAUCACACAGUUUUCGAACACGUCUCUGUUGUUUUUGUUGAUGAUGUUCAACCAUUUCUAACUGGGUGUGUUGCAUUGGAUAAUCAAGCACGAUUCGCUGAAAAAUCUGGAGCAAUGGCAUUGGUCGUUGGGCCAGCAUCUAGAGUGGAAAGAACGGCGAGACCAAUGACGAUUGGUGGAUCUAAAAUUCCAAUAAUCGUGCUCGAUGAUGAAGAAACGGAGCGUCUUCGCACAGAACUAAAAACCGCUUCUGAUCGUGGAGCUGUUGCAAAACUCCGGAUUUCAUUUAUUGACGAGAAACCAUCGAAAGUUCUCAAACUUCAAGUUUUCCGUCCAACAGUUCUGAACAUAACUUUACUGGGAUUACUCGUCGUUUUGAUUGUUUUCGUAUCUCUUCUAGUCGUGAUCAAGAUUCGGUGUCAACCUACAAUGCAUCGAGAACUCUGGCUUCGUGCCCUCGCAAGAACUGCUUUGAGUAAAAUGGAGAUCAGAAAUUUCCAGAAAGAAAAGAGUGUGGAUAGUGGGAAGAAGAAGACGGGAAAUACCUUCGCCCGGCUGAAACAACAUAGAUCCUCUUCAAGACACUCUUCUUAUCUGGCUGUAUUCGGUUCUCUAACAUCAGUUGCUCAGUCUUCAUCUCAUUCAACACCUGAAAGAUGUGCUAUUUGUCUGGAUGAUUAUGAAGAAGGAACUGAAUUGAGAGUACUAUUCUGUGGCCAUGAAUUCCAUCCAAAAUGUGUUGAUCCAUGGUUACUUUCGAAGCGAAGAUGUCCGUUAUGCCAAUUUGAUGUCGUUUACAAACAUUAUCCAAAAGUGGAUUCGCCUGAAAAAGCUUCUGGGCCAUCCGAUGAUACAACGUCUCUACUUCCACGUGUAUCUCCAUCAGAUGAUCGCUUAUCAGUGCCAACAAAUCGUUCAUCUCGACCACUUCGUUCCUACCGUAAUCCAUAUCCGAUUCCUUCAAUAACUCGUCCAUCAUCUCAUCAACGUCCAAUACUUCAACCAUCAGCUCCCAGAACUAGAAGUUGUCCCAGAAGACGUCAAUUGAGAUCUAGAAAUCAAAUCGAUUUCUCAAUUCGGAUAGGAGGAUACUCCUCUGAUGUCUCAUCAUCUCACGCUGAACCAUGUCGCUCGUUUGAAAUCGAGCCACGUACCACUCAACAGUUAUAA